GUGAAUAUAUAUGUUUAAUAUAAUUGAAAGUUUGAACAGAGGGGAUUGAGAUUUGAAUCCAAACGGAUAAGAUUAUGAAUGUACAUUGUUGAAGAAUCUUAUUCUAGGACGAAACAACUAAUUAAUGUUUCUAAAUUUUCUAUGAUGAUGUAGUUUUUAAUCGACUUAUGAAUUCAAUUAUUGAAAUGAUUACAAUAUCUAUAAAAUCACCUUUCUGACUGCUGUUAAAAACCUAGAAGUAUUAGAUGACAGUUUCAUCCUAGUUCGGCUCGACAGUGUGUAUCCAAGAUCACACACACAUGAGACUUGAAUCAAGGACUUUCGGUCAUGCACAUAAACGCUUAAAUGACAUUUAACAGUGUUACUAUCUAACGUUUUGUUUGUUAUAUCGUUUCUAUAAAUAUUGGAUGAUAAAAUAUGCCUUCACCUACAACACAAUCAGUCAAUGUCGAUAAUGGUUCGAAAUGUGAUGAUGUCUUGAAUAAUGGCAAUGAUAUUGAAUUCUUGAAAAAACAUUUACCACAUGUGGAUAUCGAAACUGGUUUAAAACAUCGCACAGUUCAAAGAGAUCCAAUCACCGGUCUUGGAGCAUUACCAAAAGAACAUGUUGAACUUGGACGUACAAGAAAUGCUUCAACUGGUAGACCGGCUUUCAACACAACAUUAAUUGCAUGGGAUGUAGAUAAUGCAACAGUAUGUAAGAAUAAUGGACAUACAACUAAGAAGAGUAAACAACCAACACGUAAUCCAAUCGCUUUAACUGGUGAUCUUGGUGAUGAAGUUGAUAGAUUACGUACAACUAAUGGUUCACGUAGUGGAACUCCUCGAGAACCACAACGUGAUCCCAUUUCUGGGAGAGGAAAUUUUGGUGAUCGUGAAUGGGAUCCAAUUGGUAGAUAUAAUGGAAAAACUAGACGAGCCAAAAGUUCUACUGGUAUUAGAACUAAUCCAUUAACUGGUGAAAAUGUGAAAACUUUCACUGUCAUGGCAGAGGAAAGAUGUACAAAUAAAGAAAAUGGUGUAUGCAAACGAAAUGUUUCGACGAAGAAUAUUUUCACUGGAGAAAAUUGUGAGAAUUACACAGUUUCACCUGAAUUGAAAUCUCCUAUUAAACGUGUACAACGAGAACCUUCACGUAACGCUAUAACUGGUGAGAAUUGUGCAACAUAUGAUUAUAAUUCUGAAGUUAAAAUAUCAAAAAAGCGAACACCAGUCAAAAUUUCAAAUCCAUUGAAUGGUGAGAAUGUUAGCGCUUUUAUGGUAUCGCAAGAAGAAAGACCACGUACAGCUAAACCUUAUGUAUACAGGAAUACAGUGACUGGUGAAAAUCUUCAAAGUUACAAAAUAACACCAAUUGAAAGAAAUGUUACACCUAGAGUGGUUAAAGAUCGACAAAAUCCAUUAAGUGGAGAGAAUGUUGAAAGUUACACUUAUCGUUUAGGGGAAUCUAAAAGGACUGUCAAAAAAAGAGAUCUUAGUUCACCAUUAACUGGAGAUGGUUCACGUGGUCGUUCAUAUACUAUAUCUAUUGAAGAAAAACAUUUAUCCCAACCAAAUUUAAAUAUAAAUGAACAUGAUUCAACACAUCAUACAUUAUCAUCAAAAUCUCUUCGAAAUAUAUUAACAGGUGAAAAUUGUAUUACAUAUAAUGUAUGUCAAGAAAUGAGAAGUGAAAAAGUUGACAGUACGACAAUGAUGAUGAAUGGGAAUACACAUAAAAAGUCUUCCUACAAUAUUAUAACUGGUAGUGAAAAUGAAUGAAGAACCCAUCCCACCCCAUCUUACCCCCCUGCCAAAAAAGAAACGGAAUAGAAUAGCAAAUAAUAGAAACUUCAACAACAGCAUGGAAUAUUCUAUGAAUGUCAAUAAAAUGUCUGAUCAGCUGAUUAUAAGACAAGUAUACAAUAGAAAGUAUUCAACACAAUCAAGUUUGCUUGUUUAUCUCUUACAUAAUAAACUAAGCAAUGUAUGCUAAUGCAUUUUAUGACUAAAUCUAUACUUUAAUGCUUAGUUAGCUAAUACAGUUUUUGUGCUUAUCAAAUUAUAGACAUUUAAUCAGUUGAUUAUAUUUCUUUUAAGUAAUAUAUUCAUCAAUUGUAUGACGUCAUCACUAUUGCCUUCCGCUUCAUCCUCAUCCUCAUCCUCAUCAUCCUGAUCAACAACAUCAUCAUCAUCAUCAUCACCAUGGUUAUCAUUCUCAUCAGUCAUUCAUAUGGUCACUGACCAUAUCUUCUAAUAAAAAAAAUAACAUAACUCCCCUUUAUCCAAUAGUGCACCAUGUGCUUUUCUUUUCUUUUUUUUCUUCUCGUUGUUUUUUUUACUAUUUCAUAAUGUUUCUAUCUUGAAUUUGAUAAUAAUAACAAAUGUAAUUAUCAGCAUUUUGUAUUUCUACCAUCCCACCCCACCCAACCCCACCCCCACCCCCUCACACAUUCACAUAUACACACACACACUUUAUGUGUCUUAUUUGCUUUCAUUUCAUUAAACCUAUUUGAUUAUGUAAUUUUUCGUAUUCAAGUUGAUUUAUAGUUUGCUUUCAAUGCUAUUAUAUCUAUGAUUAUGAACUGUCUAUUUGUUUAAUUAAAUCAUCACAUGUGCUUCAAUGAACAAGAAGAAGGAGAAGAAGUAAUAACGUUGAAGAUGAUGUAAUAUGACAUUUCAUGACAAUAAUAUAGUGAAUGUUAUGUAAUGUAUUUCCAUUUCUUCCAUUCAAUGUCGACUACUUAUGGUUUAUGGAGGUGUCUGAGAAGGGAAUUGGAUUAGUGGUGGUCUUAGUGACCUGAGAGCGUGACCGCAGUGUCCAAGGGACAACUGCUUGAGGUCGGUCACACACGACCUUUUUAUGGGCAAUUUUUGUGUUAGCUCCGUGCUUGUUGAGACCUUGCCGCCGGAGACUGAUAUCCGUGGGAUAAGGCGAGGUGUGCAUUUUUAUGGUCGACUUUUUCUAACCCCACCCCUCCUCGUGGAAAGGCAGCAUCGCUGUCAUGCUGGUUUUCUGAAGGAAACACCUUACUGCUGUCACACCUGUGUACAGUCAGCAGUACGACUUCGCCUUCGGACCUUAGGUUUGUUGUUUUUAGUCCUACCGCUCUUCAACCGACCUGUCUGACAUGGUAGGACCUUGAGGAACGGUUGUUCUGGCCAGUAUAGCUC